GCUGGAGUGUGUAUGGACCGGGGCCUUGGACAAGGGCGUGAGCGAGAGGUGUGUGGGCGUGGCCGUCGCGAAGUGGCUGCCGAGGCGUCAAGAUGGCGGAAGCCCUGACAGCUCAGGAGCACCUGGCUGUGGAGGAGUUCCUGAGUGAGGUGCGUCUCAGAGAGCAGCCUCACUGCGCCGCGCUCGUCUCCCGGCCCACAGCUGUCAAGUUUCUCAUGGCCCGCAAGUUUGACGUCUCUCGUGCCAUCGACCUCCUCCAAGCGUACAAGAACACAAGACUCAAAGAGGGGAUCAUCAAUAUCAAUCCAGACGAGGAGCCCCUCCGCUCUGAGCUGCUCGAUGGAAAAUUCACAGUACUGCCUGGACGUGACGCAAAUGGUGCCGCCCUGGCUCUUUUUACAGCUCGCCUCCAUCGGCCAGACCUAACCACGCACAAAGCGGUGCUGCAGGCCAUCAUAUAUCAGCUGGAUAAAGCCAUAGAGAGUGUUCAAACCCAGAGAGAUGGACUCAUAUUUAUCUAUGACAUGACCAACUCCAGCUAUGGGAAUUUUGACUACGAGCUCUGUGUGAAGAUCCUCAAUCUGCUCAAGGGGGCGUUCCCUGCUCGUCUAAAGUGUGUCUUCAUCGUAUCAUCGCCUCUUUGGUUCCGAGCACCGUUUGCGGUGCUGCGCCUCUUUGUGCGGGAAAAACUGAGAGAACGGGUUUGCACCGUGAAGGCUUCAGAGCUGGCCACUCAUAUCCCAGUCUCCUCCCUCCCGGAAAACCUCGGCGGGACCUCGCAGUGCAGCCACGUGGCCUGGAUCCAGUCCUGCGUCAACGCAAACACAGUCGAGGGGGACACGCACGUACAUGACCCCCACGACUGCGUGGGAAGUCUCCUGCGCUCUUACAGCCAGGACUGUGGCGACCCGAGCAUAGGUGCUACACUGUCACACACCCAUUCGAAUACGCAGCUGGGCUCCGAGCUAGCCGUGGCGAACUCUAAUUGCUACGGCGAUAACAACGCCAACUCACGCAACCCCUGCGGUGAUGAUGAAGGCAGGACUGGAGGACGUCCUCUGCACAGCCCUGCAGCCAACAGGCUACAGGGGAACCACAAACACUGGAACGGAUCGGCUGUGAGCGGAGCCAACAUGAGCCCGAAUUCUAACAUGAACGGUCGUGGCCACCAAGCACCGCCCCAGUCAGACACGCCGCCUGACACCCCCCUCUCUCACAAAGGCGACGACAACGACACAGCAUGUGGCACAACCACAGACUAUGACCAUAGACAUCUGAAUGAGGAUAUAAAGGAGGUGGAUGAGGAGGGCGAGGGAGAUGAGGGAAUCCCGCCGUUGCCCCAAAAAUCUUUGCCUCGACCACCCCACCAGCCCACUUCACAGUCCCAACCCCUGGCCUCGUCUUGGGGCCCCGAUGAGGACUGCUUCAUGGAGGAGUCCAUUCACAUGCCCGAACAAGGGGGAAUGACAGUGCAGGAGCUGGUGCAGCACGUAAAGAGGAUGAAGAAGAGAGGGGUCUAUCAGGAAUAUGAAGAGAUCCGCAAGGAGCCGCCAGCUGGCACCUUUGACUACUCCAAGAAACUGUCCAAUCAGCUGAAGAACCGGUACAGCGAUGUUCUCUGCCUCGAUCAGUCCAGAGUGCGUCUCUGCGAGCUCCGUGACAACGAGGACGAGACCUCGGAUUACAUCAAUGCCAGUUUCAUGGACGGCUACAAGAGGAGAAAGGCGUACAUCGCUACUCAGGGUCCUCUGCCCAAAACAUUCGGAGACUUUUGGCGCAUGGUGUGGGAGCAGAUGGUUCUUAUUAUUGUAAUGACAACCAGAGUAGUGGAGCGAGGGCGUGACAAGUGCGGUCAGUACUGGCCGAUAGAGGAAGGCAGAACCGAGCAGCACGGAUGUUUCCUGGUCAAGAACACACACAUCCAGGUGUUCCAGGACUUCAGACUCUCCCAUUUGGAACUCUACAAUACUCAAUCCGGGGAGAGACGAGACAUCUGCCACUACCUCUAUGUCAGCUGGCCGGACUUCGGGGUACCCAAAAGUGCGUCCGCCAUGUUGGACUUUCGCGAGCAUGUACUUCAGAGGCAGGACGCCGCCGUCCAGGGUCUGGGCUCCGGUUGGAACGAGGAUCCGGGGGGCCCUCCUGUGGUGGUACACUGCAGUGCCGGCAUCGGCCGUACAGGCACCUUCUGCACACUGGACAUCUGCCUGUCCCGGCUGGAGGACAUCGGCACAGUGGACGUGCAUCAGACAGUGCGGCGCAUGCGCACGCAGAGGGCCUUCAGCAUCCAGACUUGGGACCAAUACUAUUUCUGCUACACUGCCGUCAUCGAGUACGCUAUGCGGCGGGGCAAGUUCAGCCCGGUGCAGUGGUCCGACUCGGACAUAGAGACGGACAGCGAGUGAGCGACGGGUCACAAAACGGUGUGGUCCGACCUAAGCCAUUAGCACGGACGUCGUGUUUUUGCUCCGAAUGGCGUGAUACCUGCUCGUCCCUCACGCCAACUCAGAGAGAGACAGACAAAGUGCUUCCUGGGAGUGGAAAUACAGGAAGUGGAGAGUGUGUGCUGCAUCUGUGAUCAAUUCCUGCCAAUUUCAGAGUCAAAGCGCAGGGGAGCUGGGCCCGACCUGCACUUGUCUUCUUGACAAGAACCUUGUAGCAUUUUUCUAUUGACUUGCACAUGAAGCGCGGCAAACUUGAAGCCGCCACGACCCUCAUCCAGGUUCCUUUCCGUGUCCUUCGCAGCCUCAAAACUAUUCCUCCACCUCUCAGAUCGUCUGGAUUUCUAUUGGAUUAUUUUGUUUUCGUCCCAUGUUUUUCCUUCAUAUGUUGUGCAUAUGUAGACUAGACUUCACAAAGCCAAAGUCAUCCCCUCCAAUGGUUGGAGGUAGUCCUUACUCAGACUGAAACAUGUAUAUUCUUGUAACAUACAGUCCGUUUAUACACCAUUGUGCAGAAUAACCUCUUGGAAGGAGUGCAGAAAAGCCUUGUUUAAUAGAAUUGUUUUAGGCUCUAAGAAAGAGAGACGUGUUGAAAGUAGGGGUGUAACGGUACACAAAUUUUUGGUUUGGUACAUACCUCGGUUUAGAGGUCACGGUUCAGUUCAUUUUCGGUACAGUAAGAGAACAAAGUAUAAUUUUUUUAGUUAUUUAUUUACCAAAUUUGUAAACAAUGGCUUUAUCCUUUUAACAUUGGGAACACUAUAAUAAUUCUGCCCAUGUUAAUCAACAUUAAACUGCCUCAAAGUGUUGCUCGGAUGAAAUAAAAUGACAAAACUUUGCUUCUACAUAUAAAAAGUGCAACAUUAAACAGUUUCAAGUCAACUCAUCAUGCUUCAUUUAUUACAGCAUUUGGGAAGCCUGUUGUUGAUUGUUAUUAUGUAAAUGUUAUUUGUAUCAACAUGUGAGAGCAGGGACCCUGCCAUUCAAAACUAGGCUGCUACAUUACUAAUGAUUCAUGUAACUAUUGCUGAAAAAAUACCACAAUAGCAAUAGGAGAGACUAUUCAUCCCUGAACACCAUGGAGUUCAUGUAGGCUUUAUGAUGCACUUACAUUAUUGUAUCAACUAUCACAGACAAACUCUUCAUUUAACAUAAAGUCCUUUUUUGCUGCUUCAACACACCUCAAUCAACACUGUCCGUAACACACAGACACGCCACAAAAUGAGCUAACGUUUCGCUAAAAGCUAACUAGCCUUCACCUAAAGCCAGGACUGCGAGUGAGCUGAGCUGCAGUUUGUUUCUAAAAGGUCAACGGGCUCAUAGUGAUGUUGGUAGUAGUUGACUUGGAAUUGUUUAGUAUAAUUUGGGGAGAGUCCGCUGCUCACCUGCUAAACACCUAUCUGCUCGACGCUGACUACAUGCGCUCUGAAUACGCACUGCUGAUUGGCUGUCACCGCUACGGUUGUAACCAAUCAGAUGGUUGUGUGGGUGGGACAAUGCUGGGUGCUAUGCAGGAGACAGCGGCAGAACGGAGCGGAGCAGUUUAUUAAUACUUUAGCAUAGGAGGCUACUUCAUAUGUUCAUGUGUAAACUUGUUCGGUACUCCUCUGCACAGAACCGAACCCCCCGUACCGAAACGUUCAAUACAAAUACACGUACCGUUACACCCCUAGUUGAAAGUGAUCUCAUGCCAAGUCUGACAUAUUUACUCUUCGUUCAUUUGCAAUCAUUUGGCAGAGAAGUGUUUCUCCUCUUUUUGCAUUGAGACCUUUUGCCUCAGAUAAUUGUGCCUUCAAAUUUUUUUUAACGUUGCAGUACAACAGAUAUCUCACCACCCGUUGGUCACGAUUUACCUGACACAGUAAACGUGACCAAUUAGGGGGUGGAUACCUUUUGCCUUCAGUGCUGCCGCUAAUAAGUAAUAGGACAUACAGUAGGAAGGGUAGUCAUAUGGCCUUGUUUGUCACAGUUUACCUGUCACAUGAAACAUGACAAAUUGGGCGGUGGACAUGUUUUGCCUGCAGUACUGCCACUUAGAAUAGAACACGCAGUAAGAAGGGGAUUCAUAUGGCCUUAUUUGUUACGGUUUACCUGACACACAAAACGUGACCAAUUAGGGGGCAGAUACCUUUUUGCCUUUCAGUACUGCCACGAAAAAUAGGAUAUACAGUAGGAAGGGGAUUCGUCAGAGUUUACCGGACACAUAAAACGUGAAAAAUUUUGGGGUGGACACGUUUUACCUGACAUAUGAAACAUGACAGAUUUGGUUCGACACGUUUGACCUUCAGUGCUGCUGCUUUAAAGUAAUAGGAUAUACUGUAGGCAGGGGAUUAAUUUUGUCUCGGUUGACCUGACUCGUGAAACGUGACAAAUUAGGGCUGGACACAUUUUGCCUUCAGUGCUGCCACUUAGGUGUAAUAGGACAUAUAGUAGAAAAUAGAUUAACUUCGUCCUGGUUUACCUGACACAUGUAAUGUGACAAAUUAAGGCUGGACAGGUUUUGCCUUCAGUGCUGCCACUUAAAUGUAAUAGGUCCCAUUACAUCUAAGUGGCAGCAAUGAAGGCAAAACAUGUCCAGCCCUAAUUGACAUAGUCCUAUUUAAUAAGACAUAUAGUAGAAAGGGGAUUAACUUUGUCCUGGUUUACCUGACACAUGAAACGUGACAAACUAGGUAUCCACCCUCAAUUUGUCACAGUUCAUGUGUCAGUUAUACGGGACAAAAUUAUACCCCUUCUUAUUUUAUCUCCUAUUACAUUUAAGCGGCAGCACUGAAGGUAAAACUCGAUCACCCCAAUUUGUCAUGUUUCAUGUGUCAGGUAAGCCAGGACUAGAUGUCCUAUUUAAUAGGACACACAUAGUCCUAUUUAAUAGGACAUAUAGUAGAAAGGGGAUUAACUUUGUCCUGGUUCACCUAACACAUGAAACAUGACAAAUUGGGGUGAUCGCGUUUGACUUUCAGUGCUGCGGCUUAAAAGUAAUAGGAGCUACAGUAGGAAGGGGGAUUAAUUUCUUCCCGGUUUACCUGACACAUGAACCGUGAAAAAUUGGGGGUGGAUACCUUUUUGCCUUUUAGGACUGCCACGAAGAAUAGGACAUACAAUAGGAAGGGGAUUCGUCAGGGUUUACCAGAAACAUGAAACGUGACAAAUUUUGGGGUGGACGCGUUUUACAUGUCACAUGAAACGUGACGAAUUUAGGGUGGACAUGUUUGACCUUCAGUGCUGCCGCUUUAAGAUAAUAGGACAUACUGUAGGAAGGGGAUUCAUUUUGUCUCGGUUUACCUGACUCGCAAAACGUGUCCAGCCCUAAUUGACAUAUAGUCCUAUUUAAUAAGACAUGUAGUAGAAAGGGGAUUAACGUUGUCCUGGUUUACCUGACACAUGAAACGUGAAAAAUUGGGUAUCCCCCCUCAAUUUGUCACGGUUCAUGUGUUAGGUAAACGGGACGAAACUAUACCCCUUCCUAUUGUAUCUCCUAUUACCUUUAAGCGGGAGCACUGAAGGUAAAACGCGAUCACCCCAAUUUGUCACGUUUCAUGUGUCAGGUAAGCCAGGACUAUAUGUCCUAUUUAAUAGGACAUAUAGUAGAAAGGUGAUUCACUUCGUCCUGGUUUACCUGACACAUGAAAUGUGACAAGUUGGGUUGAUAUAUGUCCUAUUUAUUUCAAGAUUCAAGAUUAUUUUUUGUCAAUUCUUAACAUGCACAAGACAAAUAAGAACUGAAAAUUACAUUUUCGGCACAGUCCCGCUAAGAUUAGACAUACAGUUGUGAUCAAAAUUAUUCAACCCCCACACAAUUUUGGUGUUUUAGCAAGUUGGACAUUUAUUCUGUAUUUUGUUUAUAGUCAUAUCAAAUAAAGAUGCAUUAAAUAGACAAAUGCAACUUGAAUUACAUUAUAUCAGUGUCAUUUCUCUUAAUAUCUCAUUGACAAAAUUAUUCAACCCCUUGAAGAUCAUAACUCUUAAGAACAGAAUUUGAAUAAGGUAUUUUCAAUCAGGUGCUGAAAACACCUGUAGAUGUGAUUAGAACCAUAACGAGCAACAAUUAAACUGAUUGAAAAAGACUGUGACGCUCAGCUUCUUGUAGAUGGUCAAUGGUGUAUUUGCAACAUGGUGAAAUCCAGGGAGUGGUCAAAGAAGUCAAGAGGAGGUCAUUUCUCUUCAUAAGAAAGGAUAUGGAUAUAAGAAAAUAGCAAAGACAUUACACAUUCCAAAAGCAACAGUUGGGAGCAUAAUUCGCAAGUUUAAAGCUAAAGGCACAGUGGAAACACUACCUGGGCGUGGUAGAAAGAGGAUGCUGUGUGCAACUGUUGUCCGGUAUUUGAAGCGUACAGUGGUGAAAACCCCCCGGGUAACAGCUGAGGAACUACAACAGGACAUUGCAGAGGGGGGAAGGCAGGUUCUGUCCCAGACAAUAAGGCGCGCACUACGAGAUGAAGGCCUCCAUGCCAGAACUCCCAGGCGCACCCCAUUUCUGACUACCAGGCACAAGGAAAAAUAGACUGCAGUAUGCCCAAAAUCAUCUGGACAAACCCCAAAUGUUUUGGGAAACUGUUCUAUGGAGUGAUGAGACAAAACUGGAACUCUUUGGGCCUAUGAAUCAACGUUAUGUCUGGAGGAGAAAAAAAUUAAGCUUACAAAGAGAACACCUUGCCUACUGUUAAACAUGGUGGGGGUUCAAUCAUGCCUCAAGUACCGGGAAUCUCCAGCGCGUUCAAGGCAUUGUGAAUUCCAUUUCCUACUAGGAUAUAUUAGCUGCAAAUGUCAUGAAGUCAGUGACGAAGCUGAGGCUUGGGAGACGUUGGACCUUCCAACAGGACAACCAUCCCAAGCAUACCUCCAAAUCAACGUCACAGUGGUUGCAGAAGAAGGGCUGGAAGACUCUGGAGUGGCCUUCACAGUCGCCAGACCUAAAUCCUAUAGAAAACCUGUGGUGGGACUUGAAGAAGGCAGUUGCAGCACGCAAGCCCAAUAAUAUGAAUGAACUGGAGGCGUUUGCCCAAGAAGAAUGGGCUAAAAUACCUGUAGAUCGUUGCAAGAAGCUUGUGUCCGGUUCUGUAUCACGUUUGAAGGAUGUAAUUACUGCCAAAAGGUGUUCUACUAAGUACUAAAGAUGCAUGUAACUAGGGGGUUGAAUAAUUUUGUCAAUGAGAUAUUAAGCAAAAUCUCCUUUUUUGGUAUUUUGUAAAAUAAAGUGUUACAAUUUAAGUUGCAUUUGUUUAAUUGACACAUCUUUAUUUGAUAUGACUAUAAACAAAAUACGGAAUAAAUGUCCAACUUGCUAAAACACCAAAAUUGUGUGGGGGUUGAAUAAUUUUGAUCACAACUGUACGUUAAAGGGACACAAGACGGGACCGCCAACAGAUCAGCCAUUUUUACGGCGCUCCUUAAAAAGGUGACAAAAGGGUGACAUUGGGUGAGAGCAGGGGGAGUAAAAGAAUAUCAGUCUAAGGCUAGACCCUCAGGAGGGGUCCAGACUAAGUCCAAGGAAAAAAAACCUCACAUAGCAUGGCACACAUUUAGACAUGGCACGUAUAUCACACCAAUUGCAACAGAGGGAGGGGAUGGGUUUGAGGAGACUCGCUGACGCUGUAUAGCGCUGCUCAGCCAUCCACAGCCACAGGGGAAUUAAGCAGUGGUGAAGGCGUUGAUUUCAAGGGUGGGGGUCAUGUGUGUGCGUGUAUACCCAACUAACUUUGGGAGAGAUGAUGAAUGUUUUUGUAUGCCUGAGGCCGAUAAAGUUCAGCUACAGGUGUUAUUGACAAAAAGGAAGGUCAAAAGCGUCUAUCUUUGAGAAGGCCUCGGGAGAUUUUCUUCAGAACAGCCCGUUCCCGUGUCAAGGUUAUUCAAGGGAGUCCAAAUCGUAGAUUAAGAAAUUGUUUUGUUUUUCGAGGAGACAAAAAUAGUGACUUAUCUCUGUUUGUCCAUGCUGGAUUUCUUCAAUUCCAAUUAAUUAUUCUUUCUCUGCAAACUUUUUCCAAGAUGAGAUCCAUUUUGCGAUUCAACUCAGAAAUCGCACCGGUCUGUGUUCCCACAGCUCGACCCAAUCCUUCCAUUGCGUUGAACAGCGUUGGGGCCCUUGAUUCGCUGCCAUCGUCUUCCGAAUUUGUCGAUACACCAGAGCAAUAUCCAGCCCAAUCAGCAAGUGCCCCGCAAUCACAGCUCCAAAUAGUUAGAUGUCUUCAACGUCCUCGAUUGAAAGGGCUGAGAGGCACAUAAUCCUCCAUUUGUUCCAGGAGUCCCUCACAUACCCCGCAGCGAUGGUUCCAUCAGGACAGCCAGGCUCCCCCGAACCUCUUUUUCUUGUCGAAAAGACUGUAAAUUGCGUCAAGAGUUCAGCUGAUCAUAUUCAUAUUGAAAUUUGGAUUAGAGGACAGCGCAAAGAAAGAGGCUUUAAAAAAGUUCAAAGACAAAGAGAGCAAGCAGGGAAGGAGGGAACGAAGAGUGCGACCGCCCUCACCAGAGGCUAGAAUAACAAUAGGACAUAUAGUCCUAUUUAAUAGGACAUAUAGUAGAAAAGAGGGAUUAACUUUGUCCUGCUUCACCUGACACAUGAAACGUGACAAAUUGGGGCGAUGACGUUUAACCUUCAGUUCUGCCGCUUAAAAGUAAUAGGAGCUACAGUAGGAAGGGGGAUUCAUUUCGUCCCGGUUUACCUGACACAUGAACCAUGACAAAUUGGGGGUGGAUACCUCUUGGCUUUCAGUACUGCCACAAAGAAUAUGACAUACAGUAGGAAGGGGAUUCGUCAGGGUUUAACGGACACAUGAAACGUGACAAAUUUUGGGGUGGACGCGUUUUACCUGACACAUGAAACGUGAUGGAUUUGGGUCGACACAUUUGACCUUCAGUGCUGCCGCUAAGAAGUAAUAGGACAUACUGUAGGAAGGGGAUUAUUUUUUCUCGGUUGACCUGACUCGUGAAACGUGACAAAUUAGGGCUGGACACGCUUUGCCUUCAGUGCUGCAACUUAGGUGUAAUAGGACAUAUAGUAGAAAAUUAAUUAAUUUAGUCCUGGUUUACCUGACACAUGAAAUGUGACAAAUUAAGGCUGGACACGUUUUGCCUUCAGUGCUGCCACUUAAAUGUAAUAAGUCCUAUUAAUCUAAGUGGCAGCACUGAAGGCAAAACGUGUGCAGCCCUAAUUGACAUAUAGUCCUAUUUAAUAAGACAUAUAGUAGAAAGGGGAUUAACUUUGUCUUGGUUUACCUGACACAUGAAACGUGGCAAAUUAGGUAUCCACCCUCAAUUUGUCACAGUUCGUGUCAGUUAUACAGGACGAAACUAUACCCCUUCCUAUUACUUUUAAGCGGCAGCACUGAGGGUAAAACGCGACCACCCCAAUUUGUCACGUUUCAUGUGUCAGGUAAGCCAGGACUAUAUGUCCUAUUAGAUAGGACAUAUAGUCCUAAUUAAUAGGACAUAUAGUAGAAAGAGGAUUAACUUCGUCCUGGUUUACCUCACACAUGAAACGUGACAAAUUGGGGUGAUGUAUGUCCUAUCUAAUAGGACAUGUAGUCCAAUUUAAUAAGACAUAUAGUAAAAAGGGGAUUAACUUUGUCUUGGUUUACCUGACACCUGAAACGUGACAAAUUAGGUAUCCACCCUCAAUUUGAACGGUUCAUGUGUCAGUUAUACGGGACGAAACUAUACCCCUUCCUAUUACUUUUAAGCGGCAGCACUGAAGGUAAAACGCGAUCACCCCAAUUUGUCACCUUUCAUGUGUCAUGUAAACCAGGACUAUAUGUUCUAUUAGAUAGGACAAAUAGUCCAAAUUAAUAGGACAUAUAGUAGAAAGAGGAUUAACUUCGUCCUGAUUUACCUGACACAUGAAACGUCACAAAUUGGGGUGAUGUAUGUCCUAUUUAAUAGGACAUAUAGUCCAAUUUAAUAGGACUUAUAGUAGAAAAAAGGGAUUAACUUUGUCCUGGUGCACCUGACACAUGAUUGGGGCGAUAGCAUUUGACCUUCAGUGCUGCAGCUUAAAAGUAAUGGGAGCUACAGUAGGAAGGGGGAUUCAUUUUGUCCCGGUUUACCUGACACAUGAACCGCGACAAAUUGGGUACUGCCACGAGGAAUAGGACAUACAUUAGGAAGGGGAUUCGUCAGGGUUUACCCGACACAUGAAACGUGACAAAUUUGGGGAGGUUUGUAUCCACCAUAGAACUUUGAAUACCCUAAAAAUGUGUUUUAUGGUAAGUGCUACGUGGAGUGGUGCCCUCCCAUCAUUUUCGGCAGACUAACUCCUUCUCUCUUCCUCUCACGCGAGACCCGUAUGAAUCCCUUCCCUGCACUCCAGCGAGUGCUUCCUCUUAUCAUUUGACCUCAGGGUGCAAUUUUGUUUUGUUCCUCAACGUUCCUGCACUGUGCAUCUCCUAGAUCAUAAACCAUACCUUUAUUUUUAUUUUUUUGUCCUGCUAUAUUUAUGUCUUGGUAAUAAAAAAAGAAAAAGA